AUGGCUAUGCGGUACUAUUGUUUUUUAUCUCCAACAAGGGUGAAGGUCGCAUGUGCCCUCGCGUGGUGCUUUGGCUCGGUGAUGACCAGUUUGCAAUUCUGCUCUUUGGUCCAAGCAGAAUUCUGUGAAGGCCAGAUCUAUGCGAUCAGUAGCAGGGUGUCUGAAUACGUUUUCUUCGCCAUAUUUACCUCCAACUUCAUAAUGUUUGGUUACAUUGUCUACACGAUCAAGGUGGCCAUGUACAAAGUCAGACCUUUGGGACAAAUCCAGAACACUGCCAAUAUCAAGGAAGCUGAGGUUCCCACUUCUCAAACUGCGGAACAGACAACUUUCAAGAAGAUUGCUUUGAUAACUGGGACAUUCCUGGGAUUGUACACGCCGGGUUUGGUCUGGUCAUUGGUGAAGCCGUAUGUGUCCAAUCCCACGGAUCUGGAAAUUACUGAAUUCGGGCCAAACUGCCUGGCGUCAUGCGUGAUGCUGGAACGUGGUCAGCCUCAAGUUCACGUCUUCUGUUAA